AUGACGAUUCGCAAGCUUGAGGGCGAAAGCUCCAAGCUAUUCCAGUCGCUGGACAUCAGCAACGGCAAAAUCAAGCUCAGCCAUCGUGUAGUUCAUGCGCCAAUGACCCGCAACCGAGGCGUCCCCUUGAACGCCACCAGUACCCCUGAGAGUCCCAAUCGUAUCUGGUAUCCAGGAGAUCUGAUGGUUGAGUAUUAUCAACAGCGCACAACUCCCGGCGGGCUGAUCAUUUCGGAAGGCAUUCCGCCUUCACUCGAGAGUAAUGGAAUGCCGGGUGUCCCCGGUCUGUUCACCGAGGAGCAAGCCACCGGCUGGAAAAGAGUGGUUGAUGCGGUCCACGCCCAAGGGGGCUACAUCUUUGCUCAACUUUGGCACGCUGGCCGUGCUACCAUCCCUCAAAUGACCGGGUCUCCAGCUGUCUCCGCCUCUGCUACGGUCUGGGACUCGCCGACGGAGUGUUAUUCGCAUCCCCCCGUGGGAUCGACAGACCCUGUCCUCUAUGCCGACCACCCGCCAAUCGAAUUGACCGUCCCACAUAUCAAGCAGACCAUUCAGGACUAUUGCAAAGCCGCCAAGACGGCCAUGAAGAUUGGGUUCGAUGGCGUCGAGCUACACAGUGGAAAUGGAUACCUCCCGGAACAAUUUUUGAGCUCGAACAUUAACAAGCGCACGGAUGAAUACGGUGGGUCGCCACAAAAGCGAUGCAAGUUCGUACUGGAAUUGAUGGAGGAGCUGGCGAAGACGGUGGGUGAAGAGAACUUGUCUAUCCGUCUGUCGCCAUUCGGCCUGUUCAACCAAGCCCGUGGCGAGCAGCGUGUGGAAACCUGGACCUUCCUUUGCCAGUCAUUGAAGCGGACGCACCCCAACUUGUCCUAUGUCAGCUUCAUUGAACCUCGCUACGAACAAAUCUUCAGUUACGAAGAAAAGGAUAAGUUCCUGAGCAGCUGGGGUCUCCUGGAUGUGGAUCUGACCAGCUUCCGCAAAAUCUUCGGUGAUACCCCUUUCUUCUCGGCCGGUGGCUGGGACCAGACAAACUCCUGGGGAGUCCUAGAAGAAGGACGCUAUGAUGCUUUGUUGUAUGGCCGGUACUUCGCCAGUAACCCGGACCUUGUGCAGAGGUUGAAGAAAGGCAUUCCCUUUAACGCUUACGAACGUAGCAGGUUCUACGGACCGUUUGAGGACAAUGCUGUGGGCUAUGUUGACUAUCCUCCUGCGGAGGCUCAGUAA